UCCAGACAUAGUAAGGAUUGACAGAAUACAGCUUAGUUGGUGGAGUGAUUUGUUUGGUUAAUUCCGUUACCUUCCUUUUAAUGUUUGGAAUAUCUUGGAUCACCCAGCUGCGUAAGCGAUGUACUGAAAAGUUGAGCACUUAGAGACUUGAUAUGUGAGAAUUGACUUCGCACGAAGGGCGUUCGGACGCAUGUCCUAGUCCACAAGCUGCAUGCUCCUUCACCAGCGAUCGAGGAUGCCAUGUUUGGGGAGGAGGAUCGACCCGUCUCAUCGCAGGGACCCGUCUCAUCGCAGGUCGGGAGCGGCCGCGUCCUCUGCGCCAGGGGCGCUUUGGGCGACGUCCAGCCUCGAUGUGCGCGCCAUGCAGCUGGGAUCAAGUUGGGAGUCUGCAGCAGCAGAGUGUGAUGCUUUGCUGAUGGCCAUUGCUGAGUGGUUGGCCUUGAAGUCGCGUCACCUCAAGGACGUGGCCUUCGCGGAAGUUCAGGUCCGGGAUCUCAGCUGCUUCGAGGAGGUCAACGCAGCUUACGCCAAGCACUUCGUUGAGAAUCCGCCUGCACGCGUGUGCAUCGAAACGCCACUGCCUCCAGGUGUUCAAGUGAGGCUUCGACUUCUGUUGAGGCCACAUGAAGGCGCGUCUGCGCGGGACGCGCUGCGGGUGCAAUCGAUUUCCACCUGGGCCAUGGCCUGCAUUGGGCCCUACUCCCAGGCGCAACGCCUGGCGCCGGAUCUGAUGUGCAGCAGUGGGGUCUUAGGACUCGUGCCUCACUCCAUGGCGCUACCAAAGGUGGAAGACCUCACACAAGCUCAGGCGGAGCUUUGGCUCCUGAUGCGGUCCCUGUUGGCAGUACUGCAGGCCUUUAUGCAGAUGAAGGACAUGUAGCAUCGAAAGACCGUCUAACUCCAUCCAGCCAUCCACCUGCCAUCCUCCUUCGAUGCGAGGACAGAUGACCGUAGAUGUGAGGAUCUUCAUUUUCACAUUUUCUAGUGACGUAAUGGGACGCAUGUGGCACAGUGCCAGCUUUUCUAGUGACUUGAGAGAUACAUCCAGAAAUUCCAUGGAGUGCAGUGUG